UCUAGGAAUGAGCUCGUCCACUCCCUCUCCUAUGUGAAUGGGUUACACACACACACACACCCGUAGGUGGUCUCUUCCGGAGUUUUCUGGCCCUGCAGCAAAUGAUUUCCUCCUCGGACGGAGGGCGCUAGAUUGUCCCUGGUCCCUGUCGGCUUUACAGGGGGCUGCGGUGCUGAGGAUGAGUGGGGAAGGGGAGAACCCGGCCAGCAAGCCCACGCCUGUGCAAGACGUGCAGGGUGACGGACGCUGGAUGUCUCUGCACCAUCGGUUUGUAGCGGACAGCAAAGACAAGGAACCCGAAGUAGUCUUUAUAGGGGACUCCUUGGUUCAGCUAAUGCACCAAUGUGAGAUCUGGCGGGAGCUCUUCUCACCUCUGCAUGCACUUAACUUUGGCAUUGGUGGUGACAGCACACAGCAUGUACUCUGGCGGCUUGAGAAUGGGGAGCUGGAACACAUCCGGCCCAAGAUUGUGGUGGUCUGGGUGGGCACCAACAACCAUAGCCACACAGCAGAACAAGUGACAGGUGGCAUCAAAGCCAUCGUACAACUGGUGAACAAGCUGCAGCCCCAGGCACGGGUGGUUGUGCUGGGCCUGCUUCCGAGAGGCCAGCACCCCAACCCACUUCGAGAGAAAAACCGACAGGUAAACGAGCUGGUUCGGGCAGCGCUGGCUGGCUACCCCCGAGCCCAUUUCUUAGAUGCAGACCCUGGGUUUGUGCAUUCCGAUGGCACCAUAAGUCACCAUGACAUGUAUGAUUACCUACACCUGAGCCGCCUGGGCUACACACCUGUCUGCCGGGCCCUGCACUCCUUGCUUCUUCGUCUCUUGGCCCAAGAUCAGGGCCAAGGCAUCCCUCUGCCAGAGAUAGCAUCCUAAGCAUCUUUCCUUCCCUUGACAUUAAAUGCUUCUCCUCCUC